GUGCUAACGAAAGCGGCUACUACCAAUCUGGGCUUUAUGGUGUUUUUUCUUUUGCUAUGGACAAUGUUUUCUUGUCGUUGGCUGGAAAUCACCCACUAAUGGAAAAUGGAAGGUUCCCAGUAGGUAGAAAAGAAAUCUUCCAAUGUUCGCGCAAAGAUUACAACGUGUAACGAAGUUCAACUGGCUAACCAAUCUGUAAAAGUAUUUAUGGUGAUACAGUCCCACUCAUCCGGACUCUGACAAACGCUUGCUCAAAUAGUUUUUUCAAUGGAAUGGACUUUUAUUUUAUGGUUCAAAACCCACAUUUCGCUUCUUGGACACAACUUUCUGCACAGACAGCUGGAAACGCAGCUGCUGCGGCAGCCGCUGCAGCUGCAGCAGUACAACCAGGAACAGGGGCACCAUUCCAGUUUCCAAACGCCAAUUCGUUUCAACAUCUUCAGUCACCUGAUUCAUCAACUGCCACCUCUCGUAGUGUCAAUUUAGAUAAUUCUGCUUCGGUCAGUGGAACAAGUAAUAAUUUUUCACUUGGUUUACAAUCAACAACACCUUUAACUUUGCAACAUUCAAUCCCAUCACAAACUCAUGCACAGUCACAACAACAUCAACAGUUACAUCAACACCAAAUACAAUUACAACAGCAACAACAACAUCAACAUCAGUUACAACUUCAACAACAAAUUCAGUUACAGCAACAACAGUUUAGACAACAACAGUUACAACAACAUUCGCUACAACAACAAGCCAGACUUUCAAACCCAUCUCAGCAGCAACAACAACAGUUGCAUCAACAUUUACAGCGCCAACCUGUUGUUCCUCAGUCACAACAAAUGAAUCCGAUUUCUGGUGUUAGUCUCCAGACUACCAGUACCAAUACAUCACAAUCAUUACCAACUAUUUUGGAUACUACUGGUUUUGGUAUGCAAAGUUCACCAACACUGCAGACAACUCCGGCAGUUCAUAAUCAACUAUCUCCUCGAACAUCUAUACUUAAUAUAACAAAUUUCCCAUCAUUUACCACUGUUACCACUUCAGUGAAACAGAAACGAAAGUCUAAAACCACUAGUAAAAAGCCUCAAACAGAGGUUAUAUCCAGCACUACUGUUCUUAGCACAAGUAUUCCAACUUGUGAUGUAGUAGGUACAUUAUGUCCCACUUCUGCAGUAUCAUCAUUUAAUAUGAUUCCAAUGAAUGGUAGUUUAUCAUCAAUAUCAUCGACUGGCCAAACUAAUUCUAUACCAUCUAAUGCAAUUACAUCAAGUAGUGAGACGUGUGUUUCACCAUUACCAACUGUACUUUCACCAUUACCAACACUUCCUGAAGAGAUUUUAUUAAAGAUUGAUCCUUCUCUGGGUGAUCCUCCACCACCACCACAUGCAGAUAUAACUAUUACAAAACCUUAUCAAUGUGAUAUAUGCUUCAAACGAUAUUCUGGUAUGAAAUCAUUAAAGAAUCAUAAACUAACUCAUUCUGAUAUCCGACCUCAUAAAUGUUCUAUAUGUGGUAAAGCAUUUCUUAGGGCUGAUAAAAUGCGUCUUCAUGAGAUUUCUCACUUAAAUGUUAAACCGUUUGAAUGUACUACUUGUAAACAACGUUUUACUCGUUCUGACAAAUUAAAAAUUCAUCAUCGUACUCAUACAGGUGUUCGCCCAUAUGCAUGCACUUUUUGUCCUAAGCGCUUUACAAGAUCCGAUAAACUUAAAAUCCAUGAACGUAUACAUACUAAAGUUAAGCCAUAUGAAUGCUCCCAUUGCGGAAAAUGUUUUGCUCGUUCAGACAAAAGAAGACUACAUGAGAAAACUCAUAUGUAUGGACCUAAACCUCGUGCUACUGGUGGAAAAAAAUCCAAGACUACAAGUACAGCAUCUGCGGCUGCAGCCGCGGCAGCAGCUGUUGUUGCUGCUGCAUCAGCGGCGUCAUUUCUAAGUGUUAACUCUAUUGGAAAAACUCUAGGUCUCCCACUAACUGUUGCCAAUCCUUCUAUCAGUGUCAAUAAUUCUUCGUGUAGUGUGUUUGAUUUCUCUUCAAUCACAAAUGUUUGUACAACUAGUCAAAGUAAUGUAUGUUUUUCAUCAUACCAUAAUGUUAGCUCAGCUCCAUCUAAUAUGAAUGAAAAGACUUCUGAUGCUCAACAGAUCCCUUCUUCUUUGUCUACAAUUUCUUUCCCUUUGCCAACUUGUCAACAGUUGCAUUUACCAUCACAACAUCAUUCUACUUUAGCUUCACUUGCAGGAAUUGCUCAGUAUCAUCCAGCUUUAUUUUCCGCUCAUCCGCGUCAAUUUUCUCAUACCGCAACAGCAGCUAAUCCUGUUUCUUUUUAUCCCACAAGCCAAACUACUUCUAUGGGAUUUACAACAGCUAAUUCAGGAUCUUAUCCUCAUGCGCAAGUAAUGCCCUUUCUAGUCAAUUCUAAUAACACAGGUGCAUCAUCUUCAAUCUCAUUUUUGGGAUCUAAUGCGGUUUCGGACAGUGGCAACAAUAACUGUUCAGUUGCUAACACUGGUGCCUAUCAAAGCUCUUCUCAGAAAAUGGGAGCAGAUGUAACUUCAUUUCCGGUUAGUACGUCUGGGUUAACACAGCGAGCUGGAAUAUCUCCGAUUUCUGAUCCUGUCUCUGUGAAUCCAACAUCGACUACAGUAGCGAAUACAAAUAUUGCAGCUGUAAUGGCUGCGGCAGCAUUAGGUCGUCAAUUUCAUCAAACUCAACAACAAUAUCCGCAGAUAGUAGCUUAUUCAGCUUCUCAACAAAUCCCUAAUGUUUCAGCUUUUAUUCAUCAACAACAGCGCCAACAACUCCAGGAAAACCAACAAUCACAAGAAACUGGACAACAACAAAGUCAACAGCAGGCACAUUUUGUUCAUCACCAAACACAAUCUAAACAAAUCCAGUCACAACAGCAUCCACCUCAACAGACACAACAGCAACAACCUAGAUCUCAAUUCCAAUUCUACCAACCUCAGUUUGCUCAUCAGUUUCAACACUCAAGUGGCCAGUUACAGCAAGAUCAUCAACAUCAAAUGCUGCAACACCAACAGCAAGUUAUUCAGUUGCAUCAACAACUUCAACAACAACAGCAACAAACUCAACAACAAACUCAGACUCAUCAACAACAACAACAGCUUAUGCAACAACAUUCCGCCAUGCUUCAACAACAGGGUCUUAUUUCACCUGCUCAUUCUGGUACAUCGGUUGCUGCGUUCAGUUUAUUCCCUCAAGCAGCUGCACAAUUUAUACCUGGUGUAGUACCAGCUCAGUAUGCGGCAGCGGCAGCGGCAGCAGCAGCUCAUUCAACGCAUCAACAGUAUAUGCAAGCACAACAGCAACAGUAUUUGGCUGCAGCCGCUGCCGCCGCCGCAGUUGUUUCUUCUUCUUCUUCGUCUUCUGCACCAAUUCAUUCAUUGACACUUACAACAUCGCAUCAAUUAAAUAACACAACAACAAUUACACCGACAACUAGUUCCAUUGUUGCUUAGCUUUUUUUAUAUUUAAAUCCGACUUCUCUAUGUUAUGUUAUAUGUAUAUCCAUUUGAAAGUAAUUUUCUUCAGUCUAUAUUAAUGAUAAUGAUGAAGCAAAUAAUUUUAUGAAAAACGUACCAGAAUCAAUCUUUUUUUCAUUACGUAUUACCGACCGGUUUUUUGUGAAAUGAAUUUGCAUUUGACUUUUUCUCAUUAUGUUAUAUAAUGUUAAAUUGGGUCUUUUUUCAUCUUAGAUACAAUAUAGUGCAGUCAUAUCGAUUUUGUGAACUACUCUGUUCAUUUUUGUACAGACAUUUAUUGACACGUACCUAUAUUUGUUUAUUUGUUCACUAAUCGACAGUCACCUACUUUAGAAUACUGUAACUUCUAACACAAUACUUCUCAAUAUGCAUUUGAAUCUUAUUUUUUUCGGAGAAAGAGAUUCCAUUUAGUGGUUCUUCAUCUUUCCAUUUCGUCAUAGUCUAUUAAUAUAAUAUAUUUAUGUAAUAUGUGUCAACAACCUUAGACAAUUAAUUCAUUGUUUCCUCCUCUUCUAACUCUUUGGUUUUUAAUUUUUUAUGUCAGGUUGAAUUUAAACUAAUAUUUCAUUAUUUGUUAUUAUUAUUGUUGUCCAUCUCUGUCAGAUUAUUAUCUUUGUUGUUAUCAUUAUGGUAAGUUACAGCUUGUUGUUAAUAAUUUCAUCAAUUCUAUUCUCUUAAUUUCAUUCAUUUUUACCAUAAAUAAAAAAAAUAUACACCAAAGUUGGGUUUCCGUGUGUAUAUUUAUCUAUUAUCUUGUAUACGCUGAAAUCUAUUUACCUCGUCCUAUAUUGCAUCUUUACUUUAAUUAAAGUUCUAUCCUUUCUGUGUAGAUACCUUUUUGCUUUUAGUUUGACUUGUUUUCGCCUUCUCUUAAACUGGGCUAUUAUUUUGUUUCAGUGCAAUCUAUGUCAAUUGUUAGUAUUCAUUAUGUAUGCUACACACACACUAUGUACACACAAGUGCAACCGAUAAAAAUUGUUCUUUUUUUCGCCUUGAUUUUUUCUGACUUCAUAUUCCGUUUACUAACCUACCUCUAGGAAAAGUAGCAUAUUUUGUCUUCUAUGUAUAUGUCCUUCAAAAUAGCACAAUUUUUCCGCCUGUAUAUGCGUAACAGUUUACUUAUCCAAUUUUUCCGGUAGGCAUUUUUCCCGAUUUUCACCAGUUUGUAAAAGACAAAUACACUGAUUGGUUUCAUCAUUCUUGAUUUUAAUUGUUACAAUAUUUUUUUUCUGUCUUAGUCCCGUCAAAUCAGUUUUCUCUAGAUCAUUCUGGUAAUUAAUUCAUUCUAACUAAUAAAGUAUAUACAUAUGCAUAUAUAUAUAUAUAUAUAUAUAUAUAUGCGUAUACCUGUGGCUCAAUGCAUUUUCUUAUUAUAGUUGCUAUCACUGAUCAUUAAGUUUAAUUUAUUUUAUGAAAAACAGCUAAUAAACUGCUUACUGUUCUCACUUUACUUAUGAUACCUUUUAUAUACCAGGUUACAAUAUAUCUUUAAUAUCCAGAUACAUAAAUGCAUGCAGUGUUACAACAAAGUAUGUGAAUCAAAACUUCAUGUAAAUAUUAUCAUUUUGUGUUGAUUUUUAUUCCUACUUUAUAUUAUUUCUUAUUCUCCAUUGAAAUAUGAUCAAAACUAUGUAGACGAAGUUAUUUUUUAAUUUCAUCUCUAUGAAAUUGUUCGUUCUGUUUUCUUCAGAUGAACGUUUACAUAUUCUGUAUGUGUCUGUCCCUAUAUUCUUAUGUAUGUGUGUUAUAUGUUGUUAAAUGGAUGUGCCCAUUUGUUUUGUUUGUUUAUUGGAGAGUAUGUGUUAUUAUGUAAAGAGAAAAUCAUCUCCAAUUUAAGUAUACAACUAUUAUUAAUACUACUGUUGCAUUUUAAUCGAGUUCUCUGUUCUUGUUCUUUUUGUUCAAUUUUAUUUUGUUUUUUUUAUAUAUAUAGCUAUAAUGAUGA